AUGAACCACACAACUGUAGUGGAAUUUGUCCUCUUGGGACUGGCAAACAGCCGCCACCUGGAGAUCACCUUCUUUCUGUUUCUUUUCAUUGCCUAUGUCUUGAUCCUGCUUGGAAACAUUUCUGUCAUCAGCAUCACUCUUACAAAUAACUUCCUUCAGACCCCCAUGUACUACUUCCUCAGGAAUUUUGCCCUUUUGGAAAUCACCUUCACCUCCACAUUCCUCCCCAGCACCCUGUACAGCCUGCUGACAGAGAGGAAGACCAUUUCCCUGCCUGCUUGUUUCCUUCAGAUGCUGUUUUUCUACUGCUUGGGGACCUGCACACUUUUCCACAUGGCAGUGAUGUCCCUGGACCGCUAUGUUGCCAUUUGCCACCCUUUGCAUUACACAGCUGUCAUGAGCAGCAGAUUCUGCCUGCAGCUGAUGCUGACCUGCUGGGCACUGAGUUUUUUCUUGAUGUUUCCUCCCACCAUUAUGACUGUGCAGUUGCCAUUCUGUGGUCCCAAUGUCAUGAACCAUUUUUACUGUGAUGCUUCCCUGUUGUUGCAGCUGUCCUGCACAGACACAGGCUUCAUCGAAGAGCUGAUGUUCAUCAUCCUCAUCAUCAUCCUCCCUGGGACUCUGACAGUAACUGCUGUUUCCUAUGGCUGCAUUAUUGUCACUGUCCUGCACAUACCAUCAUCUGCAGGUAGGAGGAAGGCAUUUUCCACCUGCUCAGCUCACCUGAUCGUGGUGACAGUGUUUUACAGCACCUGCAUUUACAGGUACAUCCGCCCAGCACAGCGAGGUGGGCAGGACUCUGACAAAAUUCUCUCUUUAUUCUUCUCUGUGCUGACUCAGACCCUUAACCCAUACAUCUACUCACUCAGGAACAAGCAAGUCAAGCAAGCUUUAAAGGAGAGAAUUCUGAAGUUUUCUGGCUCCCUGAGGCAGAUGUGA